ACAGACAGGGAGAGGGAGCGGAGCGCAGCCCUGGGACCAUCACCUCCUCCCGGUACCGGCGGAGCCUCCACCACCUGCUACAUGGAAAAACACUGCAAAUAUUUAUAAAGCAAAACAACCAACAUAUAUCUGUAAAAAAAAAAGGAAAGGAAACCAGAAGCAGCGGCCAAAUGGCUGAAAUCACCAACAUCAGACCCUCCUUCGAUGUCUCUCCCAUCGUGGCAGGGUUUAUCGGGGCCACCGUCCUGGUCGUCUCGGCCUCGCUGACCGUCUUCGUCUGGGUUUGCUGCCACCGGCGAUCGGAAAAGGCAGCCAAGAACCCGCCCUACAAGUUCGUGCACAUGCUGAAGGGGAUCAGCAUCUACCCGGAGACCCUCGGCAGCAGGAAGAAGGCAGUGCCGAUCCGCCGAGAGAAGGACCGGUGCCCUGGCAGCGGCGGCACUGCUGCUGCUCAGCUGGAGGGUGGCUCCGCCGGCAGCCCGGAUAGGGAGGCCCUCGGGCCUCGCUCGGCCCCUUUCAUCGACGAGCUGCACUUCACCACAGACUGCGAGGAAAGCCCCGACACCAGCUCCCCGAAAGACAGCGCCAGCUCCUCCGACAGUAAAACCCCCUCCCCUUCCUCCCCUGAGCUGGACGUCAAACUGGGCAGCCUGACUUUCUCCGUGGGCUACAACUUCCCGAAGAAGGCCCUGGUGGUGAUGAUCCAAGAGGCCCACGGCCUCCCGGUGAUGGACGAGAGCACCCAGACCUCCGACCCGUACAUCAAGAUGACCAUCCUCCCCGAGAAGAAGCACAGGAUCAAGACCCGGGUCCUGAGGAAGACCCUCGACCCGCUCUUCGAUGAGACCUUCACCUUCUACGGGAUCCCCUACAAUCAGCUCCAGGAGCUGGUGCUUCACUUCCUCAUCCUCAGCUUUGACCGAUAUUCCCGUGACGAUGUGAUCGGGGAGGUGAUGGUGCCGCUGGCGGGAGUCGACCCGGGCAGCGGGAAAGUGCAGCUCACCCAACAGAUACUAAAGAGGAGCAUACAGAAAUGCGUCAGUAGAGGAGAGCUGCUGGUUUCACUCUCUUACCAGCCCGUCACUCACCGGCUGACCGUGGUAGUGCUUAAGGCCAGACACCUACCCAAGAUGGAUAUUGCUGGCCUCUCAGGUAACCCCUACGUCAAAGUCAAUGUGUUCUACGGAAGGAGGCGGGUGGCCAAGAAGAAGACACACGUCAAGAAGUGCACGCUAAACCCGGUCUUCAACGAGUCCUUCGCCUUUGACAUCGGCGCCGAGACCCUGAGGGACGUCAGCCUCGAGCUCCUGGUCAUCGACUUCGACAGGAUGACCAAAAACGAGGUGGUGGGCUGCACAGUGCUGGGCAACAGCAGCAGCAGCAGCAGUGGAGUCCAGCACUGGCGGGAGAUCUGUGAGAACCCCCGGCGACAGGUCGCCAAGUGGCACACGCUGGGCGAGUAUUAGGUGCCACUGGAGGAGAGAGAGAGAGAGAGAGAGAGAGAGAAAGAAAGAGAGAGAGAGAGAGAGGGAUUUUAAAAAAUAAUAAUGCCUAGGGACUUAAAUCUUAACAGGAACUCGGAUUUAGGGAUAUAAGACAUGUCAGAAAACUGCGACAAAAAUAUUCUCUUUGGUUGGUUGUGCGAGUUGGUGGUCCAAUCACCUGAGUGCAGAAUAUUUGACUCUGAUCUAUUCAACAAACCACCUGACUUAUUUGCAUGCCUGGUUAUAUAUAUCUUAUUUGCAUAUACUUUUAACCCGCUGGGAAACAUUCUCCAGCCUUCAUUCAUAGCCUCAUCUUUAUUUGAUUCACUUCCAUGAGUCUAUUUAUU